CCUGUGCUCUGGAAAUGAAGCUCGAAUGGCUUGUAGGUUGCGGUCUGUGGGUUUCAAGUAGCAGUUUGUCUGAAACUCUGUUGUAAACACCAGCUCCAUAGGGCCUCCAUUAAUAGGAUUUUAUACAGUGUAACAAAACUUUGUCAUUGAAAAGGUCCAGAGUGAAUUGAAAGCUGGUUAAUAUGGUUCAGAGAUCCUAGAAACUGAAGCUGGGGCAUUCAGUGCAGGAAACAGACUGCAAAGACGAAGAAGAGAUGCGGAAUCUGUGCGUUACAAAUGGGAGAACAGAGCAGUGCUGUGGGGAGCACAGACGGAGACUGGAGUUGUUCUGCCAGGAGGAGGAGACAUUCAUUUGUGUCCUGUGUGUUCCCAGACAUUCUGGUCACAAUUUUGUGUUCCUGCAUGAGGCAGUCAUUGUGUAUAAGGACAAGCUGAAAGCAUCUUUAUCAUUCCUGGAACUAAAAGUCAAAGAUCUUAAAGAUUUACAGAUCAAGAAUGAGACAGAAUUCCUGGAGGUACAAGAACGUGCUGUUAAUUUGGAAAAAUACAUUGCAGAAGAGUUUGUAAAACUGCACCAGUUUCUCCAUGACAAGGAACAAAAACUCAUUCAGCAGCUUAACAGCAAAGCAUCAGAAAUUCUGAAGGAGCUAGAAGAAAGUCGUGAAUUCAUUAAAACUGGUGUUACAGAAAUCCACUCAGCAGUGUCUGAUACUAACUUGGAACUCAAAACAGAAGUAGAGGUUCUGGAAGAGAGAAAUGAUGACACUGACUGUCUGGCAACAACUGAGGAAUCCGUGUCAGGUGACACCUCAGAACACGGAAAACGCAAAGCUAAUGGAGUUCUAUCGGCUCCAGAAUCCUUUGAGGAUGUUGCUGUUAAGUUCUCAGCAGAGGAGAUGAAGAUGUUAACAAAACAAGACAAGGAGCUUCAUAAGGAAGUGAUGUUAGAGAACUAUGAAACCUUAGUUUCAGCAGGUUACAAGAUCCCCCCAGAGGCAUUGUUAGUGCUGCUUAAAGAAGAAAAUGCUGAACUGCCAGUGGAUGACAUGGAGGAGAAAAACAGAACAGAACACAAUAAUAAUUUUAAAGAAAAUCCCAACAGUAAUGGGAGCAGAGAAUGGAGCAUUUGUCACAGUCAGCAGCCAUCACUUGGAGUAUCUGUUUCACGUUAUCCUACAGCGAACCUGCAGCACUCUGUUCAAACUCUGAAGGGCUCCGACAGGCAUCCUGUUAUACCUGUAGCACAGCUUCAUCACGGAUACACCUGCAACAUGAACUCUGAAUGUGAUCCAAGUUCUGUAGUACAGCAAAAUCCAUUAGUAUGUCAGACGGCUCACAAAGAAAAAACAUAUAAAUGUCCCGAAUGCAAUAAGUGUUUCAGACUAAAACGUAACCUAGUAAUACAUGAAAGGACUCACACAGAGGAGAGACCAUAUAAAUGUCCUGAAUGCAAUAAGUGUUUCAGACAAAGGGGAGAUCUAGUAAAACAUGAAAGGACUCACAUGCCAGAGAAACUAUAUAAAUGUGCUGAAUGUAAUAAGGGUUUCACAACAACUACUACCCUUAGAAUUCAUCUGUCAGUUCACAGUGGAGAGAGACCAUAUAAAUGUCCUGAAUGCAAUAAGUGUUUCAGACUAAGGUGGGAUCUAGUAAUACAUGAAAGGACUCACACGGGGGAGAGGCCAUAUAAAUGUGCUGAAUGCAGUAAGAGUUUCACAACAACUAGUAACCUUAGAAGUCAUCUGUUAGUUCACAAAGGGGAGAAACCAUAUAAAUGUUUUGAAUGUAAUAAGUGCUUUGUACAAAAGAGUAAUUUAGUAAAACAUCAAAAGACUCACCUGGAGGAGAAACCAUAUAAAUGUGCUGAAUGUGGUAAAUGUUAUAAAGAACAUAGUAGUUUCAUAUACCAUAAAAAGAUACACAGAGGGGAGAAACCUUAUAAAUGUGCUGUAUGCAAUAAGUGUUUUGUAAUUAGCAGUGUUCUGAUGCGUCACCAAUCCAUUCAUAUAGGGGAGAAACAAUAUAAAUGUACUAAGUGUGGUAAGUGUUUCACACAACAGAGUCGACUUACAAGUCAUGAACGAGUUCAUACAAGCGAUAGGCCAUAUAAAUGUACUGAAUGCAGUAAGUGUUAUAGAGAAAGGAGUGGUCUUGUAUAUCAUCAAAUGAGUCAUAAAAGGGAGAAAGAAAGAAAUGAACAUGAGCCUGGCUAACAGCAAGAAGAGAAAAAACAUAAUCCUCCUUAACAGCGAACCCGGAAAUCAUGCUAAAAUCUGUAGAAAAAUAACUUGCCUUCCAACAGUAUAUAAAUUGUAAACCAGAGCUAAUGCAGUCAGUUUAUAGUAACUAGUAACUUAGGUAAAAAGAAACAAAGGCAAUAGAACAGAAAAGUAAUAGAAAAAAUCAUAUGGAACAAAAUGAUUAUUUAUCAUUAAAAAAAGACUAUAACUGACAGCUAGUCUAAAGAGACAUAGUUCACAGAGAAAGUGGGAGAAACGGGCAAAAGCAGGUUUUGUAAAACAGAGCAACAGAUGUGCAUCUCAUUGCUAGUUGCAAUAUACUCAUUUCUGAGUGUCUGUAUACUGAAAGGCACAACAAUAUGAUAUAACCGAUUCACUACAGAUUUUAUAAACACUGCAAUAUAAAAGCAGCUGAGAAACACUGGAAACAUGAACUACAAAGCAUUAUAGAGAAUGAAAAAGUUAUAAUGUGUGGGAUCACCCCUUAUCAGAAGAUAAGAAAACAGAUGCAAAAAAAAAAAAAAAGAUAUAGGGAAAAAAAGACAAAAGUAAAUUUAAUCUCUGAAGUUGCUACAUCUAUUUAUUAUAGUGUGCUGAAAGACCUAAAGUGUAAAAUACAAUCAGAGCAGUAGAAGCACCAGCUCUAAUAAUAAUAAAGAAUUUUAAGCAUACUUUUUUAUUUAUUAAUAUUUUACUGAUACAUCACUCCAUAUGAAAUGCAAAAAGGAGACGAUUUUGGGUACAACACAUGUUGGUUGGAGCACUCUCAGCUAAUAUCAGACUGAAGCAGUACUAAUUUCAUCACACCCUGAUUUCAGAAUUGGCGCCAUCCCUGUCAUGGUAUUAGAUGCCCAAAACAUUUGGAGAAAUUAUAAAGGGGUAACCAUAUAAAUGUGCAGAUUGCAGUACGUAUUUUACAGAAAAGAGUACCAAUGAACCUGUGUACAGAGGUAGUGCAAGCCACAAGAAAAGGACUUAAAAUUGAAAGCCAAAAAACACUUUAAUGUAACUAGUUAAGCAAUUUUGUCCAAACCGUAGUGAAUUUCAUCAGAACUAGUUAUAAAAAGUAUCCACAGCAUUAUACAAGGUAUUCCAUCAAGAUCACUGCAGUAUUAACAAGAGAGUCCUGAAAGGGUUAAGAAUGUGCAAAAUACCUAAUGGUAUCCCAUAGGAGUCUACUUUGUACAGGGAGUUAACCAAAAUUUUCGAUAAUUAUGGGUGCAGGAUUAUGGAGGUUUUAGUAAAGUUUAACAAGCACAAAAUAACGUGAUUACUGGAAGACAUACGACUGGAUAAUUCCAUUAAAAAGUGACAUAUGUAGUUAGAGUAUGUGAUUCAAUAAAAUAUGUUUCUAAUAUUGAAGUGGUGUUAUAAAAUAUAAAAAGAGAAAGUUCAACAAAUUGGUUAGGGACAACCAUGACUAUAUCAAAGGAUUAACUUACCCUAAACCUAAAAUUACUCUGAAUUUGUACAUAAUAACACUACUGAGUGGGACCCUGGGUCUUUAAACAAUGAUGUUAAUUCCAUGGGAGAAUUUGGUGACCAUAAGUGAGAUGUUUUUAGAUAUGGACAAGUUCCCACCCCUCCAGAUGUUCGAGAGAUUAGCACAGGGAAGGGAACAAGCUACAGCCUCCCAGGGAAGGAGGGAAUAUGUACACCCCUCCAGUUGACAGAGACAAUCUCUAUGGAGGAAGAACCACAGGGAGAGGUGGUAACUAAUGAAUUUAUUUUUCAUUUCGCUGAUGAAUGUUCCAAUGAUGAUUCACCACAUUAUAAUAAUUCUUGCUUAAUCGACCCUUUGGUUUCUACGUCUAACAUAGGGCAUCCUGUAGUUAAUGAACAUUGUGGCUUUAAGAUAUAGAACUACUGUGAUUUGCAAGUUAAUACUUUUCAUUUUGAUUUAUUCAGAAAAUGAUUUUCUUUUGUGCCCACCACUAAACUUGAUAUUAGUGAGACAUUACUCCAUCUUAACUUUUUGUUUGUUAACUGAAUCUGAAGUUGUUUUAUGAUUGCAAUAGCAUCAAUAGUGCUGUUAAUUUUGGGUGCUUACAUAAAAAGAGUACUUUCAAUCCUCUGCUUCACCCCAAGUUACAAAUGUUUGAAACAUUUAGGCAAACACUACAGGGGAAGAAGGCAAGGAACUACAGUCCUAACAAGGUUGAGUAUAAUGUUUUGAAUGAAUUAACUAAAAACAAAUAUCAGAACCAUGAAACCUGAUAAAUGAAAUGGUAUGGUUGUUAUGAGUUCCAUAGACUAUUCCUUGAAAAUGCAUGACAUUCUCAACAAUGACUUACAGUAUUGCAGAAUGUCAAAAUGAAGUUAAUAUAGCUUACUCAAAAAAUUAUCCAUUUUUUGAAGGAUAGUUUUGAUCAAGGGAUUAAGUACAAAACAUAUCAAUUCUUGAAUUUAGACCAGCCUGUGACACCCACCAUCUUUGAUACUCCCAAAAUUCACAUAUAUGUGAUUAACCCUCUCCUAUGCCCUAUUAUAGUCAUGGGGGGGGUUCUAAAACCCACCCGUUAGUGGUAUUCAUACAUACAAAGUGUAAACAACUAUUAGUUUCUUCUUUUCGCAUACUCAAAGAUUUUUAGGAUUUUCUUGGGAGUUUACAACAGCACUUGUAUCAUGAUGAUUGUUUUUAGUCACUAUUGAUGUGAAAGAUUUGUUUUCCUGUAUUUAUAUGUAUUUAUAUGUAUUUUAAGGGCAUUAGUUAAUUUGGAGAUGCCUGUUAUGGAGCUGGAUUCAAUAAAGCCUACACUAAGUGUACACUGUACUGAGGAAAAGACAACACAGACAUAACACACACCUUCUUCAACUUAAUUUUAGUUUUCCUGCUGAUAUUUUUCUGCUUUAAAUAUUGACAGAGAUUCAGAAAAAUUACCACAAAGUGUGUAGACUACAUGUACACUUAGCAUAAUCUUUGAGUGACUAGAAAACACAAAAAAAUGAGAUAAGAAUUUUAUUGAAUGCAUAUUAGUGCACUUAGUGUAGGCUUUAUUGAAUCCUGGGGAUGGUUUUGGUGAACUAACCAUGAGAACCACUCCUUAGGGGUUCUAAUAGUAAUUGUCUUGAAGAAUAUUUUAAACAGACUGGGGAAGGUUGCUGUGGGUGCUGCCUGUGCCCCAAUUUAUGGCACUGUUGUCUUAAAUCAGUGGAAACAUGGAACUAUCUUCACAUCUGAUUUUAAGCCGUAUAGCUCCCUCUACAUGCUCUUUUUAGAUAUAUUUUUGAUUUGGAAGGGACAUUUAUUUUAGCUCAAAGAAUUAGUUGAUUAUAUCAAUUUUAGUACUUAUAUCUUGUCAUUCACUUACUCUAUGGAUGAAAUUGAUUAUUUAGAUGUUUUAAUUUUGAAUGUUUUUUCCAAAAAGCAGUUCCACUCCAGGCUUCAUAGGAAACCACUAACAACUUCCUCUAUUUUUCCAAUAAUUAUCCCUUUCUCCAAAAUAAGGGAAUUGUAAAAGGACAGAUGAUCCAUACUUCUAGACUAACCACUGACAAGAAACAGUUUACUCAUGAUUUACAUGAAUUGAUGUGUUUCUAGCUAGGGGUUACCCCAAGAAAUUAAUUAACUAUGUUGGGAGGGAAGUAAUGGUAAAAAGGAAGAAUUUGAUUUUCAUUCCACUGCUAGGAAACACCUUUAUUAAUAGCAAUAUUAAUGAAAAUCAAGGUGAAGAUAUUGAUACUGAAUGCACUAUGACAUUGAAAUAUGGUGUGGGGAAUGACUGGGUGAAACAAAUUAUUACAAACAAAUGGAAGUGUAUUGCACAUGAUGAUUUUUUUUAAAAAACACCCUAGGUGCAAAACCACAUUUUGUUUAUACCAGGCAUGUUACUAUGAAUGGGGUAAUAAUAAUAAAAAAAUUUGCACCAGAAUAAAAUAAAGGGUUAAGGAAAUGUGGUGUUUGUUUCCAAUAUAAAUACCUUCAUGAAGGACAUUCUUUAAUUCUAAAGACAAUUCAUGGCACCUUGCAUUUGGAUUCUACCUUUGGCUAUAACAUGACAGGGGUGGUUUACUGGCAUACUGCAACUUUUGCCACUCCUUUUAUAUAGGUAAAACAGAACUUACCCUGAAAAAAGAACAUAUAAGCACAAUUAUGAUAUUACUAUCCAGAAUGAAAAAAAAUGCAUUAUAUAGAUACAAAAACUUCUGCGUCAAAAAUAAUUUAUAUUUUGUUUGCGCUAGAAAUGUUCCUGUCAAUCCUACGAGGGUGUCCAUGGGAAUUGAAAUUAGAGCACAGACAACUCUGGUGGCAACUGUGCUUAAAUGCAGCCACAAAACUUGGUUUAAAUGAUACUGUUUGAAUUAGCAGUGUUUUAAAGUUGCAGGCUGCUAAGUUUGUUUUACCCCAGUUGUUCCUUUAAGUUUUAAUUCAUUUACUGCUUUUUCAUAAAUGUAUAAAAGUUGCUUGCUUGAUUUUAAGAAUUACAUGGACUAUCA